CAAACUUGUUCUCGGAGCCAAGUGGCUCAGAGUCCACUGAGGCAAAGAGGGAAGUGGGAAAGGAGAGCAGUCAGCAUCAGUCACUUCGAGCAGAAGAGGUGGGAGAUGAUCGGCAGCCUCUCACAACUCUCACAGGGCUGACGGGCCGCCACACACUCACCAUCUCUGACUGAUUAUCUCUGCUUCUUACGACUCUCCAGCAACAGCAUGAGCUCCUCAUCAGCCAACCUUCACAACAAACGUCUGCCCUCGGAGACCGAGCGCGGGCAGAGGCUCCCAGAUGUGGACACAGCACAGCAGAUCAAGCUGAGAGACAGGCAACGUUUCUUCGAGGAGGUCUUCCAGCAUGAUGUGGACGUCUACCUGUCCUCUGCGCACCUUUGUAUCCGAGACUACAAGAGACCUCCAAUUGGUAGCAUCUCAUCCAUGGAAGUGAACGUGGACUUACUGGACCAGAUGGAGCUGAUUGACAUUUCCGACCAGGAGGCUUUGGAUGUUUUCUUCAGCUCUGGGGGAGAGGAGGGGGUUGGGACCUCCCCACUGCCAGUCCAAGGAAACAACAACAAUGAUGAAGUCAUCAGUAAUGGACUCUUUCGACAUGUCCUUGAGGGCCUUGAGGCCAAAUCUCGCAUGUCAUCCACGUCUUCAAACUCCUCUUCUGACAGCCAGACCGCCUAUGCCAACGGAAGAAACACACCUGUAGUCAGGUCAGACGAUGAGGAAACACACAUCAGCACAGUCAAACGACGAGCUGCACCUCCAGAGGUAGAGAAGGUGAAAAGUCAGACUCCAUCAUUGUCUUCAUAGGAUGGACCGUCUCUACAACAGAUCGCCACCUGGAGCACGAUAGUUGACACUUCGACUUUGGACCAGGAGUAGACUUGAGGGAUAUGACCAUCUGAAAGACGGCUCUCAGAGACAGCUGUCUGAUAGAAACUGUUUCCUUUCACUGCUAUAAAGCUUUCUUUGAGUUAUGAGUUGUAGGUUGGGCUCUUUGUGUGUUUUGAAGGUGGGGACCUUGAACUGUAAAUAUGGGGAUUUCCUAUUAAUUCUCACCUGUUUCCUUUCUUGUCUUGGCAUGUUUUGAAGGACAAGAUUUGUUCCUGUUUCUGACCUCACAGGACUUGAAGUUGCACUUCAACAAUGAAUUUUGUACAGUAUUAACACAAUGGUAGAGCAGUGACUAGAAUAAAAACUAAUCACUACAUGAAGUAUGACCUGAAGAAAAUUUGCUAGGAGAAGGCUUCAGAUGAUUCAAACGUACUGUUUUUGAAAGCAACACAUUGUCCUGACCAUGCAAAUGCUCUUUUUUUUAGCUGUGAUUUUCAAUAAAUCUCUCACAAGAUUUCUUUCUUUUAACAAUAAAGUAAGUGGACAAACUA